AUGAGUUCAAGUUCAAUAUUUACACCAAUAGAAGAAGCAUUAGAAGCUUUCAAAAAUGGAGAAUUUUUAAUAGUAAUGGAUGAUGAGGAUCGUGAAAAUGAAGGUGAUUUAAUAAUAGCUGCAGAAUUAACCACUCAAGAUAAAAUGAGAUUUUUGGUACGUUAUUCUUCUGGUUAUGUAUGUGUACCAUUAUCAACUAAAAGAGCUGAUGAAUUAGAAUUAUAUCCAAUGUUAAAAGAUAGAACUGAUAGACAUGGUACUGCUUAUACUGUAACUUGUGAUUUUGCUAAUGGUACAACCACUGGAAUAUCAGCUCAUGAUCGUGCAUUGACUGCAAGAUCCUUAGCUUCAUCAAAUUCAAAACCUGAAGAUUUUAUAAGACCUGGUCAUAUAUUACCAUUAAGAGCAGUACCUGGUUUAUUAAAUAAUAGAAGAGGUCAUACUGAAGCUGCAGUACAAUUAUGUGAAUUAAAUAAUUUACAGCCUGCGGCAGUAAUUUGUGAAUUAGUAAGAGAUGAAGAUGGGUUAAUGAUGAGAUUGGAUGAUUGUAUUAAAUUUGGAAAAACACAUAAUAUUAAAAUAAUAAAUAUAGAUCAAAUAAUUGAUUAUGCAAAUAAAAAGUAA